UAUCAACAUAAUAUUAUUUUAUGAUUCAUGAGAUAAAAAUUAAUGUACUAUAUUUAAAUGUUAUAAUAAUUAAACGCGGAUAUAAAUUAUUUAAAAAUUCCCUUUAGCUUGUGGAUGGUUUUAACAUUGUUACUGGGUUUUGUACUGACUGCUAUUAAAAAUUAUUUAAUUUAUAGAAAUGACCACCCGAAGACCGGUCUCAUGGUUUUUAACAGAACAAGGCCGAAAAAUUUGUUUUGCUGUUGUAACUGGAACUGGCUUAACCCUAACUGCAGUAAGAUUCUGUCCACAUACAUUUCUAAUUGAUAAGUACCGAGAGAUUGUGCACCAUUACAGUAAUGGAAAACCAGUGGAGCUUCCUAAAGAAAUACAAGAACGACAUCAGAAGUGUCUUGACACUCUUAAAAUAUCAGAUGUACAUAGAAAAUUGAUUAAACCCUUUUCUGUAUUUGGGUUUGAUCUAUUUCAUGCAGGGAGUACUAGUACUAAAUUUGGCAGUCUAGUGGGAAUUCCGUCAAGCUUCACCUACAAAACAUUGGAUGAUGUAGAAAAGGAUGGAAUUCAGGUAAAUCUGAAACCUGUGGACUUAACAACAGAUGUUGGCAAGAAGCUUGGUGAAGCACUUAUUAUGCCAGAAAGAGUUCAAGAAUUUGCAAUAUGUAGAGAAAUAUUAAUGACUCAUAAUAACAAAGUGAUCUUUGAGUCAACCUAUCCAUUUGUUUGUAUUUUCUUCGUAUAUAAUUUAACUGCUUAUAUAAAUAGAAAAUUUAAUUUGUAUUCAGCUCACAGACUAUUGAGACUUGUAUUGUAUUCUCUCACUGGAUCUUUUGGCUUAGGCACAUACUUUCUUCUCAAAGAUGCGACAGAAGUUUACUACGAGACCUGUGUGGAUAAAGAGCUGUGUGAGUUGGGACAAGACUUUGUUGAAAGUGGAGUCUUAUUUUAUGAGAAAAUUUUGGCCAGAAAUCAAGCCUUAAGAGAAUUAAUGGGAUCAGAGGGCCAAUCAAAGUAUAGCAAAUUGGGUAACGAAAACUUUGGAUUGAGACAACCCCGCAUAGCUUUAGUUCAUAGAAAACUAUUCUUCGAAAGUCAGCUAAAAGAAACAAACGGUGAUAUAAAACAGGAAGAUUUAAGUGUGUAAUAAAUGAAAAUGUAUAUAAUUAUAAAUGAAAAAAUAGUGUAUGUAGUAUAAA